CUGAGUUUCCUGCUCUGCAAAGUGGCAUCCACAACUGGAGCCUCCUACACCACAGCCCGCCUCCUCCAAACCACAACUGAGUCUACAGAGAGAAGAAGAAGAAAAAAAAAACUGCAUCUCAUCUUCACUACGAGCUCAUGUAAAAGGGAAAACCCUGUCAGCCUGACAUGUCUCUCAGAGAGAAGCAGUCUAUGAGUUUGGACACUGAGAGUUCAACACACUCUGGGAUGGAGGGUCAGUCGAGGUCCUCUCACAGGUACCUGUUGCUGCAGGUGUGGUGUGGUCUGCUCACCGUGUCCGUGGUGGUUAUGGCUGUUUUUCUGGCUUCCAUCAAAUCAAAGUCAGCGCAGGACGAAGUCUCCACACUGAAGCUAGACAACAUCAGUCCAACAGACAAAGCUUUCGUGGUCUCUUUGAAGUCAACGGAAACGUCUCCUUCGUACAUCCAGCUGAUGAAGUCUGGGAAAGAUCAAUACUGGGAAGAAUCACCUGGCUGCGACUCAUGCUCCCUGGUCCUGCGAAACGACUCCAUCUACUGCAAGAAGAAGAGCUGGUACUUCAUCUAUGCUCAGGUCACCUUCAGAAAGACGCACCAGUCCAAAUCUGUGGUACUGAAAAGAAACGAAGUGUUUGGCAAAAGCAUGAAGAAACUGGCAGAGGGGACGUGCCCUCUGGAGGAGGGCUUCGUGUGGGUGGCCAGGAUCGUGAGCCUCACGGAGGGAGACAGUGUCAGUUUAGAAAUCUCAGGUGAUAUUCUGAAGGAUAGCACAGUCUGGGGCGCUUUUCAGCUUUAUUAGGUUGGACUGCUAUGCUAGUGUAGGCCUCGACUAACUUCAUCAGCUGGGAUUGUUCUGAAAUGUUGAGAUGGAAGUUUAAUUCUCACAGUUUUAUACAUUUUUUUAAAAUUACUGCAAAUCACAUGGAUUCCACAAUUCUGAAUAUCAUUAAAAGUCUUGUAAUCUUAUUUGUGGCCAACAUGGAACACUAAUCCAAAUUUUAGGCCACGUCUUCAAAUAACCAGUCCAACCUCAGCAGAAUUUUAAAUAAGCCAGCUGGUUCUGACUCUUGAAAUUGUGACACAUUUGGUGAUGGUGUACAUUUUUUAAGUUAACUGCUUUUUUAAAAACUGUGACUGUCAGUCUGGGGCAUGAAUAUGUUCUUCUUCACUGCUUGCAUAUUUAUAAAAUGGAAUACUAUAUUGUUUGAUUACAAGGAGGAAAAGUAAAUGAAAGGAAUAAA